AUGGGAAGUCGAGCACGAAUGUUAGUCAAACUUUGUGAGCAAGAAUGUUCAAAGUUUGAUAGUAUUGGGGACCAAUCUCUUCCUUCAAAAACUGUUAUUUCUACUAGUGCAAAUGAGAUAUUUUCUGCAGAACACAACCAAGACGUCAGCAACAGUUUUUCAAACAUUGAUACUGCUUGCUCUAGUCAACCAUCGAUUGUGACAGAAAAUGUUAUUUCUUCUCUAAAUAAGGUGGAUCCGUCACCAAUCCUCCUAGAAAACAACGAAAACGACAGUGAAGACGAAACUAAAGACUUUUCUCCAGACGAUAGUGGUGAUGAAUAUAAGCCAGAGAAAUCUGUACAACCCAACCGUAUUAAUUCACGUCAUCUAGCUCAUCUUCGAGCUCUUCAUGCUCAACUUCAUCGUCUAGUUCAUCUGGACGAUCUGUCGUAUUUGGACCAUUUGGAAUUAGAAAUUACUAAGAAAAAUGACGAUAUUGUGCCGAUUACUGUGUGUGAAAAUGUGGAUUUUGCUUUUCCAUAUAUUCCUGAUAUUAGUUCCGAUUCUGAUAAUGAGGAUGAUUACAACCAUUCCGGGUUACACGUGCAAGCUGGAAGUCUAUGCUGGAAAACACUGCGAUACAACAAACACUACACCGACUCAGGUUGUUAUGUCACUUUGUUGACACUUGUUCCAAAAAGGACAGUACUGUACACGGAUAAUUGGUACACAAGUAUUGAUUUGGCUGAAAAACUAUUACUGGAAGAAAUGCAUUUGGUCGGAACGUUGCGCAAGAAUAGAAAAAAAUUACCGAAAGAUGUUAUGAAUGCAAAAUUAAAACCAGGAGAAUACAGUGCAGCUGAAAAUGACAAAGGGAUCAUUGUGAUGAAAUGGCGUGAUAAGAGAGAUGUGUCCUUGUUGUCUACUAAACAUACCACAAAAUUCGUCACUACCACAAAUAAAAGAGGACAGUCAAAAAGAAAGCCACAGAUAGUUGUCGACUAUAAUAAAGCGAAAUCUGCAGUUGACCUGUCAGAUCAAAUGACAGCUUAUUCGUCGCCAUUACGGAAAACUGUCAAGUGGUAUCGAAAGUUAGCUUGCGAACUGCUACUCAACACAGCUAUGGUAAAUGCCAUGGUUCUGUAUAAACAAACCACGAAAAAGAACAUUUCUGUCGUUCAGUUUCUUUUGAAAGUUGCAUACAUUACCGAUGCCCUCGAAGAUUCGGACCUGGAUAUUUUUUCAGACGACGAUGACGGUAAACAGUCAGAAGAGUCACCUCCUGUGAGAGAGUCUAGUCUAAGUGAUUCUGAUUCAGGUUCUCCUUCAGAAUUUGAAAGCAAAUCUCGGCCUUCGUCAGAAAUUUCUACGUCAUAG